UUUAACUUAUUCACCUAACCUUAAUUUUUGUUUUGUCGACUCCAAACAACCGUUCGUUGAGCUGUCUUAUUUAUAGAUAAUCGUCAAAAUGAUUUCAAAGAUUCAUCUCCAUGCUUGGCCGAAUCUGUUUCUGCCGUCCUCCGGAUCAACUACUUACUCACUCACUCACUGGCUAAAGAAAACGUCAAACUGAGUUCCUACGAAAUCGGGUGGUUUAUUUAAUAAUCAAAUGACAUCGUGAAAAACAAUGAUCUCACUCCCUCACUCACUCUCUCAAGUGUCAGUCCUACUAAAUCCCUAAUUCAUUUCCUUGAGCAAAAAAACCCGAAUAAUUUCCUCACUGGUAGAGUUCUUCUUCAAUGGCGUCGAUUACUCGAGCUUCACUAAUGUACGGUUUACAUAAAACUGUCUCUAGAGAAUCCGAGUCUAAUUGUAUUUUACACCAGAAGAGUUUCGUUUCUUCAUCUUCUCCAAAAUUAGUUCUGAAGAAGAAGAACUCAUCAUCGAAUUUCAAAGCUCAAAUUCCCAAAGCUAGCUUAGUGGAAAUUGUUCAUGAUCCAACUAUUGAAAGUAAAGGGAAUCAGAAGGAUGGGAUUCUAAAAGUUGGGAUCAUUUGUGGUGGACCCUCAGCUGAGCGUGGGAUUUCACUUAAUUCUGCUAGAUCAGUGCUUGAUCAUAUACAGGGAGAUGAUUUGCAUGUUAGUUGCUAUUACAUUGACACCAAUCUUAACGCGUAUGCGAUAUCUACUGCUCAGAUGUACUCAAAUACUCCGGCAGAUUUUGACUUUAAACUUGAAAGCCUUGCCCAAGGUUUCGAGUCUUUAUCUGAAUUUGCAGAACAUCUAGCUUCUUCUGUAGAUAUAGUAUUCCCAGUGAUUCAUGGUCGUUUUGGUGAAGAUGGAGGCAUACAGGAGCUGUUGGAGAAAGCUAAUGUUCCGUUUGUUGGAACAGCAUCAAAUGAAUGUCGCCAAGCCUUUGACAAGUAUGAUGCUUCAUUGGAGCUCAAGAGGCAAGGAUUUGUCACGGUACCUAGUUUUCUCGUGGAGGGAGGCCGAUUCGAUAAAGCAAAGCUAAUGAAGUGGUUUGAAACCAAUCAAAUAAAUAGUGAGUCCGGGAAAGUUGUGGUAAAACCAGCGAGGGCAGGGUCUAGCAUUGGUGUAACCGUUGCCUAUGGUGUCGAGGACUCCCUGAAAAAAGCUAAGGGCAUUAUUUCGGAGGAAAUCGAUGACAGAGUCCUUGUUGAAGUUUUUCUUGAUGGAGGAAGUGAAUUCACAGCAAUUGUUCUUGAUGUCGGAUCUGGGUUUGAUUGUCAUCCUGUGGCUUUCCUUCCAACCGAGGUGGAGCUUCAAUUCCAUGAAAAUGUUGAUGGUGGAGAGAAAGAUGCCAUAUUUAAUUACCGGAGGAAGUAUCUUCCAACACAACAGGUUGCAUAUCACACACCACCUCGCUUCCCAACUGAUGUCAUUGAAAUGAUAAGAGAAGGAGCAUCUUUAUUAUUUAAAAGAUUUGGCCUGCGGGAUUUUGCACGGAUUGAUGGUUGGUUUCUCCCAUCUUCACAUUUAUCUUUAUCAGCGGAGAAUGAUAACAAGUUUGGAAGGAGUAAAUCUGGUACUAUCAUUUUUACUGAUAUCAACCUGAUUAGUGGAAUGGAGCAGACCAGUUUUCUGUUCCAGCAAGCUUCAAAGGUUGGAUUCUCCCAUUCAAACAUCCUCCGAACUAUUAUUCAACGUGCUUGUUUGCGAUUUCCAGCUCUUUCUUCGUGUAGCAAUGCGUCAAAUGCACUACAUAGACAACCAAAAUCACCCGAAGAAACCGGUGCAUUUUCUGAAGGCAAAGGCAUUCGCAAAGUUUUUGUCAUGUUCGGUGGAGAAACUUCAGAGCGCCAAGUAUCUCUGAUGAGUGGAACGAAUGUGUGGCUUAACUUGCAAGCUUUUGAUGAUCUCGAUGUGACCCCAUGUAUGCUUGCUCCUGCAAAUGAACAUUUAUCUGAUGUGAACAAGCACAAGGAAUGUGAUGUUUUCUCCAAAACAGUUUGGACUUUACCAUAUUCUUUAGUUCUACGCCAUACGACAGAAGAAGUUUUAGAUGCUUGCGUAAAAGCAAUGGAACCAGACAGAGCUGCGCUGACGACUCACCUGCGCAACCAGGUGAUCAUGGAUAUAAUGGAGGGUUUGAGUAAACAAAGCUCGUUCAAGGGGUUUGAUAUUGCUGAUGUUCAUCCUACGAAAUAUUCGCUGGAGCAAUGGAUCAAACUUGCUAAGGAGGUUGAAGCAACAGUCUUCAUUGCAGUACAUGGAGGUAUUGGUGAGGAUGGUACCCUGCAAAGGUUGUUAGAGGCUGAAGGAAUUCCAUAUACAGGUCCUGGUGUGAUAGCUUCAAAAACUUGUAUGGAUAAAGUGGCAACUUCUCUUGCUGUUGGCAAUCUUGAAAACUGGGGAGUGCUGACAAUACACAAGGAUGUACGCAGCAAAGAGGAGCUAAUAAACAUGCCCAUCAAUGGUGUUUGGCAUGAUUUGACCGCAAAGCUUAAUUGUGAAACAUUAUGUGUGAAACCAGGUCAAGAUGGAUGCUCCACUGGAGUUGCAAGAUUAUGUUGUCCAGAGGAUCUGGAAGUCUAUGUCAAUGCAUUGCGCAACUGCUUUCCACGGCUUCCUUCCAACAGUUUGUCCAAGGCACAUGGAGUAAUUGAGAUGCCAAACCCUCCUCCUGAACAAUUAUUAUUUGAACCUUUCAUUGAGACAGAUCCCAUCAUUUUCUCUUCAAAAUGCACUAAAGCAAAUUCAAAUGGCUUGUUAUGGGAAGGUCGUAGUAGAUGGGUUGAAAUUACUGUUGGAGUUGUGGGCAAACGAGGAGAGAUGCACUCGCUGAGUCCUAGUGUCACGGUUAAGGAAUCUGGUGAUAUAUUAUCGCUUGAGGAAAAGUUCCAAGGUGGAACUGGCAUCAAUCUCACUCCACCACCAUCUUCAAUAAUUAGUGAAGAGGCGUUAGAGAAAUGUAAACGGUGUAUUGAAAUCAUUGCUAAUACUCUCGGAUUAGAAGGAUUUUCGCGUAUUGACGCAUUUGUUAAUGUAGACAGUGGAGAGGUCUUGAUUAUAGAAGUUAACACUGUACCUGGAAUGACUCCUUCAACAGUCUUGAUUCAUCAGGCACUUGUAGAGGAGCCUCCAAUGUAUCCCCAACAUUUCUUCCGUACACUGCUCGAUUUGGCUUCUGAGAGAUCUAGUAACUAGAACUUACGCGUAAAACUUAAAAUAAAAAUUCAAAUGUAAAUAUUAUUGACUGUUCUUUUAGCAGUUACAACGUAGCCUCUUAAUCUCUGAUCAAUCAUGAUUUGAAAAAAUCACCUGACAGCUCCCUACUUUUACUAUGCAUCGUGGAAGUCCAAUGUCUA